GUGCAAAUGCCGCAGACAGAGCAGCCUUGUCCGUGAUAUGGACUUUGUCGGGUUGUGAUCUCACCUGCAGUUGAAGUCAAGCUUGCCCUGCAAUGCGCGGGAUCAUCUCGAUGCUUGGCAUUGGAGCAUUCAGACAAAAGCGCAAAACAUACGGCGGGGGGCAAAGACGUUGGUCAUCACUUCGGCUUCUUUCUUAUUGGUCGUUCAAGUUGCACAAGCGACGAACUCCUUUCACUCCUCUCACUUCCACGAAGGUGCCUCCCUUCCAUCGCCAGUCCACUCAGCAAAAAUGUGAUGCCCUCCGGAGGUUCCCGCGGAUACACUCAUGCGCAAACUGAGACAACCCAACGAUCGUGCGGUGCGAUGAGCACUCACACAGAGGGAAUCAAUGCGCCAUCUAACCGCAUGCCUUGAACCCGCUCGCUCUUGGCUGGUGUGAACGGAUUCCAAGCACUCGCCUUCCUGGGUGGUCCUGAACGCCUUCGCAAGGCUGAGACCUCCGCACUCGCUCUUCGGCUUCGCUCAGUGCUAUCCCGAAGCGGUUGUCACUAUCAGAAUGGUGAGGUGCUAACCAAUGAAAGGCGCCGUCUUGAAGUGUUACCCACUCUCGGCACGAAGUGCGCUGCUCCUGCGCUCCGCAUGGUGUCCAAAACAGUGGAUUGAAUGCCCCGAUACGGUAGGACUCGUUAUCACUGAGGACAACUUCAAUCAAUUGUCUGCCCUUAUAAUUGUGCAAUACUGCUUCGUCUUCACCACAGUUAAUGAUCAGCCUGAUCACCAGUCCAUCGCCAUCUUGCAAAGCCAGCCUGACGAUCCUACUGACAAAAUCCCAGCCCCAGUCAACAAGAAGAGAUUGACACAUUGCAAGGGCUCCGGCGGAAGUUCAAGGCCGUCCAUAUUGCCGACAAAAUCAUAGGCGGUUGACUUGUCUACAGAAGGACAUUUGUCAGGAUGUCGACGAAGCCCAAGAUCCUUCUUCUUGGAAAGAUCGACCAUGCACAUAAGCAAUGGGAGUCUCUGAGCUCUCUGGGUGAGCUUAUCGGCCCUAAAUCCACCAACCGCGCAGAUUUCAUCAAGGAGUGUCAGUCAGGCCAACUGGAUGGAGUGGUGGCAGCGUACCGCACAUUCGCGUCUGUCAGCAUAACCGGCCUCUUCGACGAGGAACUGUGUAAAGCACUUCCUAAGUCGUGGCGCUACCUUGCAUCAUGUGGCGCAGGCUACGAUCAAAUAGACGCCCAUGCCUGUUCCGCGCGCAAUCCGCCUUUGCUGGUGUCCAACGUUCCCACCGCCCCGGACGACGCCACAGCAGACACGGGCAUUUUUCUCAUGCUCGGCGCCCUGCGUAACUUCAACACGAGCAUGGCCGCCCUACGCCGCGGAGAGUGGCGCGGCAACCCGCCUCCAGCUUUAGGACAUGAUCCACAGGGCAAAGUCCUCGGCAUUCUCGGUAUGGGCGGGAUCGGACGCAACAUGAAGCGGAAAUGCGACGCCUUUGGCAUGACAACCAUCUACCACAACCGUCGAGAACUCGACCCAGAACUGGCCGCUGGCGCCGAAUAUGUUUCCUUUGAAGAGCUCUUGAAGCGUAGUGAUGUCCUCAGCUUGAAUCUGCCGCUAAACCCCAAGACAAGGCACAUCAUCUCUACGGAGCAAUUCAAACUCAUGAAACCUACAGCGGUUAUCGUGAACACAGCCCGCGGCGCUGUCAUUGACGAAGCAGCUCUCGUCGAUGCCCUCGACAAAGGUUUCAUUGCUGGUGCCGGUCUGGAUGUCUUUGAAGAGGAGCCAAAAAUCCAUCCUGGUUUAAUUGCUAACGAAAAGGUCAUCCUAUUGCCUCAUAUGGGAACCUGGACCCAGGAGACACAGGAGAAAAUGGAAGAAUGGACCAUCAACAACAUCCGCUCUGCCCUCGAGACGGGCCGAUUGAAAUCCCCCAUUCCUGAACAACAAGACCUUUGAGCAGAACGUAUCGGUGCUCAGCCUCGCAUCAUCUCUUCCAGCCUAAUAGGCUCCAGACCCGAGGUCUCUAGGAAUGUCCAAUUAGCGGCCCCCACAGCAGUGGUGUGUAUGUGAACUAUUUCUCUUCCAUUUGCUCUUUGCUUGUCGUCGGGAGAAGGCCUUCCAUCCUUUUCGGAAAGCGCAGAACUGUACAGUGAUAGAUCUCAAUAGAAUCAUAGAGGACGAACGGACUUGGCAAGAAUAGAGCGAAAAAUGAGAGCGAGACAACACCCUUCCUAUCGGGUCAAUUAAUCUGUCAUUUUCCCAACCUUUGCUCCACUCUACGGGCAUUCUAAAUGGUCUUCCUGAACUUGCUCAUGAGUCCAAUAAUUUGAGAUAUUCCAGGGCAACGUGAUUUCUUACUGUGCGUGUCACCAAAUCAAGGCCGCCGUCAUGCUUCCAUCAAUUACUUAAACAGCUGGCUAUCCAGAAUAUUACUUUAUCGAUCUGCCCAGCUGUACCUACAGUAGGUAAGCAACGUCCAAACAGACACGCACACUCUUCCAAUUGAUGCCUUUUGCAUGCAUCCUACAAAUCCGAAAACAGAGAGCCGACCCAACUGCAUGUCCCAAGUGGCUAUCCAUCCAUCGACCAGCAGAGGGCCGCGCGACCAAUCUCAUCAUACACCGCAGUCUACUGUACUGCUGAUGGUCGUCAGAAGACUCCAAAAUCCGCCGGAUCGAAAUCGGCAUCCAUAUCCACGUCCAUAUCAUCAGUCAGAUCGACAAAAGCGCCAUUAUCCGUAGUCGUCACAUCAUUGCUUAGGGUGGUUCGAUUCUCCUUUCCAACAAGGCCACCAUCAAAAGCGGCGGCGCCGACGGAGUCAUUGACCACAUCUCUCAGGACGGGUCUCUUAUCCAAGAAACUGUGAACGUCGCCGACGAGGGCGGAGCCACGAACGACCUUGUUCGGAGUCCGAAGAGGCGUUUUGGUUUGAUUUUGUUUUCUUUUCUGGGGACUUUUGCUUUUGCUCCUGCGAUCUGCAGUAGAACCGGAACCACUUUUCUGCGACGGGACAGCGCCGUUUGUCGCAGCGGUGGUGAGUUGGGACCCAGUCUCAAAGAGAUGGGCAUCGCUAGCGCCCAUGGGAAGAUCAAGAACCCAGCCCUUCUGGUCCAUGAUGCGCGUGAUACCCUCUAAAAUCGGCACGCCGCUGCCCUGCAGGGUGGACUUGCUGCCCAGGAUCAAGAGUUUGCUGCGGGCACGGGUGACGGCGACAUUGACUCGGCGCCAAUCUUUCAAAAGGUCGCCAACGUGUUUGUUGGCGUUGCUGCGGACACAACUUAGGAUGACGACUUCCUUGUCGCGGCCCUGGUAUUUAUCCGCCGUGUGCAUUUCGACAUCAGCGGCAACGGCGGCAGAUCUAACCAGAGACUUGACGUCGGACUUGAGCAGGGCCAGCUGGGAGCGGUAGAAGGUGAUGACGCCGAUCGAGCGCGGCGGCACGCCCGAAUGGAUCAAGGUGGCCACGAGCUGUGCGGCUAGAUAUGACUCGACGGUAUUGGUGGUUCGUGCGCCUGCGCUGGUUUCGAAAGCCGCCAGCGCGUUGUUGUCUGUGGACAUGGUGUCGGUGUUGAGGAACAGACACCGAGACGUGGGCGAGAUGGCUCGUCGUAGCCAGCACGAGGACUUGGAGGCACAAAUCGUCUGAACUUGAGUACCAGUACUGCUGGCGCCCGGCCUACUAUUGGGCAGCGACGAUGCCAUGAAGUGAUGUCCUGCGAGUCCGCCCUCCAAGUCCGGAAUAUGAAGCAUUCGGUUCGCCACGGCCUCGUUGCCGCAUUUGAUCCGGCCUGAAUACACCAACUCUUUGGACAAAAGCAUGAUGUCCUCGGCCAUUCGAUACUGGUGUUCAAGAUUCACCACAGAGUCCGGCUGUGCAUCGGACAGCAGCUUGAACAGGCUGACGUCCAGCCCGCCUUCUUGAGCCUGCUUGUUCUGAACCAGCGGCGGCAGCUGAUAGUGAUCGCCCACCAGGACAAAAGUGCGCGCCAUGCGGAUCGGCCCCAGACAUACCGGCAGCGUGAUUUGAGACGCUUCGUCGACAAUGCAAUAGUCGAAAGUCCGUGCGUUGAAAAUCCCAUGGUUGACACCUAGACAUGUCGUGGCCACGACUUUACUUCCGUGCCAUGAGGCGUGCAAUUCCUCGAUAGUGCGUUUGGGAACGCCCGAGACAUCGGCGAAAGAUUGGAUGUCCGGAUGUACUUUGUUGACGGCGCCAAUCCGCAAAAUCGGGAUAUGGUCCUCUUUGAUCUUCAGAAGAAUGUUGUCCACUGCUGUAUGAGUGUAGGAAGCCAACAGGACUGACUUGCCCUGAGACACCAGGGCACGGAUGAUAUGUGCUAUUGUUGUGGUCUUGCCAGUUCCAGGCAUCCCCAGGACAAGCGCAUAGUCUCUUGCACUCAUGACUUUCUCAAUGGCCUUCUGUUGGUCGAUAUUGAGACUUUGUUGUGAAGCUGGUCCGGAUAAGCUGUAUCCCGUGGACGUGACCUUGAAAUCUGGUGGUUUGUUUUCAAUGAUCAACUGCCGAAGCUCUCGUGCUCGCCAGAGGUCUUUCUCCAUCAUGCGGAUCACAUUGUUUCGUGCCGUUGCCAUCCCGUUUGCAAACUCAUCCUUGUCGAUGCGGUACAGGAUUGGACCUUCGUCAACCCCUGAUGCAGAUCUAGUCCGGUCAUGUUCCUCUAUAACGCCCGAGAAUAUUUGUCGGUUAGAGGAGUCGAAGUCAGCCAACUUCCGUCGCGCCCGUUGCAGCUUUCGGUCGACCGCUACUACAAUAUAUGUAGGCCGAACGUUGGUGACGAAGCCUGCUGCAAAGUUGAAAUGGCCCUUUUCGUCCGAAAUCACAAUCGGCUCCCCAGUGGUGAUCUGAGACUCUGCAAACGAGAAGCCAGGCCGAGGUUGGUGCUUCACAAAGGUGUAUUCAUACCGGUUGAUCUUCGAAGUUGAGGGGUUCUCACGAGCAGAUCCUGGCUGUAUUAUGACUUCGGAAAAGCACCGGCCAACUGCUUCGCGCUCAGAGCUCAGCAUAGUCCAUAACUCGCGGCGGAAUUUCAUUGUGUCGCGUUCUUCUUGAGUCAGCAGGUCGUCCCACUUCUUGAAGAAAGCCUGGUGCUCAGGGGAGAGAUGAUCGACCACUUCGUUGAAUUUUUCUCCCAGGCCGCUGGUUUCUCCAUCGCCGUUUUCCGACAAUUUGUGAUAGAUGAAGCAAGAAGCUUUGAUAUAGCAACUCUUGCACAGGUGCUCCUUUUUCUUCAUUGGGGGCAAAGCGAGUUUGUCGUGGACAUAGCAGGCUAGCUCGUUCCGCUCGAUGAUCAUGUGUCGUAUUUCGUUUCUGACGCCUUCCACGCGAAAGGUCUUGGAGGUUUCCAUGUAGUAGAGGACACCGC